AUGGCCGCAGAAGAUGCUUUUGCCUACGCGCUGAGUUCUAACCAAGCCUGGUCCGGCUACAAAGGUCAUCAGAACCCCGACUUCUUCCCCAAAUUGGCAUCGGGACAGUCGCCAGCAAUCCGUUGUUCUGACUCGCGCUGCCCGGAGACGACGAUUCUAGGCUUGCAACCAGGCGAUGUGUUCGUGCAUCGUAACAUCGCCAACAUUAUUUCGCCUACCGACAUUAACACGGCAGCUGUCAUCGAGUAUGCAGUUGUGCAUCUCAAGGUGAAGCAUGUCGUGCUUUGCGGGCACUCGUCAUGUGGUGGAGCCGCAGCUGCGCUUGGCGACAACCGCGUCGGCGGCGUGUUGGACAUCUGGUUAAUGCCUCUUAAGGCUGUGCGUAAAGCGCAUAAGGAAGAGUUGGAGAGCAUCACCGACGACAAGAAGCGUGCGGUGCGCAUUGCAGAGCUCAACGUUGAAGCCGGCAUCAACGUUCUCAUGGCCAAUGCAUCGAUUCAGGAGGCCAUCGCCGAAAGGGGCCUGCAGGUCCACGGAACCUUUUUCGACAUCGGGACGGGACGCAUUCGCGACCUAGGCAUCGGCACAGGCAAGGGGGGACAUCACGGACUAUCAGGCGUUAACGGAGACUCGGACAUUGUUAGGGGCAAGCAUGCAAUGCUGGUUUUUAGAACGGACGGCGAGGGCAGCAUGCAAGCUCUCUAA